GAAGUUACCUUGAAGUUACCCGGGUCGCUGAAGUCUUAUAGGAUGGAUAUUUCUGUUAACUCUGAUUAUGGCGGAUUGCCUACUGAAAAUACCAUUGAAAUACCAUUAAGAGGAGGUGACGAAAUAAUUGAACUUGACACAGACCAGUUGCCCGAUGGUGAAGAAGUGCUCAACAUAUUAAAUCAAGAAAAAGCUCCCUUGCAAAUUUGGAUCACUGUUGCUAUUGCUUACUAUAAAAAGAAAUUAUACGAUGAUUUUGAAAAAGUUCUUGAGGAAGCAUAUCUAAAUGCAGCUGAUCUUCAACCAUAUCAUGAUAGCGACUUGGUUCGAUUGCUAGAUAUGCUUGCUAAUUAUUAUGGUCGUAAAGCUUACAAAGAAAAAAGCAAGGAUAAAAAGAACCAAUUAAUUGCUCAAGCAACUAGACUUUUUACGUCAGCUGAUCGAAUUGAUAUGUACGAUCAAAAGCAUCUAUUGGGCCGAGCGUUCUUCUUUAUCUACGAAGGUGAAAAUUGGAGUCAAGCUGAUAGUCAAUUAAAUUUUGUUUUAAAUCAAGGUGCUCCGAGUGUACCAGCUUAUCUAGGCAAAGCAUGUAUUGCAUUUAAUAAAAAAGAAUAUAGAAAUGCUUUGGGAUUUUAUCGUAAAGCAUUACGAUUACAGCCAAAUUGUCCAGCUACUGUUCGACUUGGAAUGGGUCAUUGUUUUUUUCGAUUGGGCAAUAUGGAAAAAGCCCGUUUAGCGUUUAAACGAGCUUUGGAUUUAGAUCCAGAAUGUGUUGGUGCAUUAGUUGGAUUGGCUGUGUUGGAUCUUAAUGAAAAGACUCAAGAGUCAAUUAAACAAGGAGUUCAGAAAUUAUCACGCGCUUAUAAUCUUGACUCAACUAAUCCUAUGGUGUUAAAUCAUCUAGCUGAUCAUUUUUUUUAUAAAAAGGAAUAUGCUAAAGUUCAUCGAUUAGCUUUACAUGCAUUCUAUAAUACUGAAACGGAAUCUAUACGUGCUGAAAGUUGUUAUCAAAUGGCUAGAGCAUUUCAUAUACAAGAAAAUUAUGAUAAUGCAUUUCAGUAUUAUUAUUUAGCCACACAACUUGCUUCUUCAACAUUUAUUUUACCAUUUUAUGGUCUUGGUCAAAUGUAUUUACAUCGUAAUGAUUUAGAACAUGCUGCUAUGUCAUUCGAACGUGUACUAAAAGAUAAUCCAAAUAAUUAUGAAACUUUAAAAAUACUGGGUAGUUUAUAUGCUCAAUCUAACAAGCCAGAUAAACGUACACAGUCAAAACAAUUAUUUAAACAAGUAACUGAAAGUCAACCGGAAGAUGUCGAAGCAUGGAUUGAAUAUGCUCAGUUAUUAGAUAACGAUAUUAAUGGAGCUUUAGAUGCUUAUUCUAAAGCAUUAACAAUUUUAGAGAAUAUUCAGCUGGAAAUUGCACCAGAAAUUUUAAACAAUAUUGGUGCACUUCAUUUUAUAAAAGGAGAAUAUGAUAAAUCUUCUGAAUUUUUCACACGGUCAUAUGACCGUAUUCUUGAAGAGCAAAGAAAUGAAGAGAAUGAAUGCGGUGGAGAUAGUUCUGGAUUAACUAACGAUGACUACUAUCAUGGAUUAAGUAUUACAGUUCGUUACAAUCAAGCAAGACUUCAUGAAGCUCAAGGUAGAUCAGAUUUAGCUGAAGAAAUUUAUAAGAGUAUUCUACUACGACAUCCAAGUUAUAUUGAGUGUUACCUUCGUUUGGGUUGUAUUGCACGUGAUCGAGGACAGAUUCGUGAUGCUUCAAUUUGGUUCAAAGAAGCUUUAGAUGUAGAUCAAGAUAAUCCAGACGCUUGGACACUGAUUGGAUUAUUACACUUAAAUAAAAAUGAAGUUGAACAAGCCCAGAAGAAAUUUGAUCGGAUUAUUAGACAGCCAGCGUAUAGAGCAGAUGCAUUUGCACGUAUAUGUUUAGGGAAUAUUUGGUUAACUACUCUACAUCAUCCUAUCAAAGAUAAAGAUAAACGUAAAAGGCAUCAGGAUCGUGCAUUAUCUUUCUAUAAAGCUGUUCUAUGCGCUGAUCCUAGAAAUAUAUGGGCUGCACAUGGUAUUGGUUGUGUAUUAGCACAUAAAGGAUUUGUUAAUGAAGCUAGAGAUGUAUUUGCACAAGUUCGUGAGGCAACGGCUGAUUUCCCAGAUGUUUGGAUUAAUAUAGCACAUAUUUAUGUUGAACAAAAACAAUACACUGCUGCAAUUCAAAUGUAUGAAAAUUGUAUUAAGAAAUUCUCUCGACAGAAUAAUACAGAAUUGUUACAAUAUUUGGCUAGAGCACAUUUUAAAGCUGGUCAAUUGAAAGAGUGUAAAACUAUGCUAUUAAAGGCUCGUCAUGUUAAACCAUGGGAUCCUGUAUUAACAUUCAAUUUGGCUUUUGUUCAAAAAAGAUUGGCUGUUACUGUGCUACAAGAUGAGACAAGUAGUUUUUCAUCUGUUUGUGAAGCAAUAGCUGAUUUAAAUAUGGCCAGAUGUACAUUUAAUCAUUUGUCAAAGUUGAAUGAAGUGUUAAAUCAAGCUAUGGCGGCUGAUGAAGCACGUAUCUGCCAAGAUCUAUUAAGUCAAGCUAAAUAUCAUCUUGAUAGAGCUAAAUCACGUGAAGAACAAGAACGAGUUGUUCGAAAACGUCAAGAGGAAGAACGUGAAGCACAACGUAAGCGUCAAUUGGAAUUACAACAACAAGCUGAACAAAUGCGACUUGAUCGUGAACGACGUUUAGAAGAAGAACGUGGACGUUUCUUGGAGAAAGCUAAACAAAUUAUAAUUGAACCAGUUGUAGAGGAGAAGAAAUCACGUCGUAGUGGUGGCGGUAGUCGAAAACGUGAUGAUUUUAUUGCAUCUGGUGAUGAGGAAAGCAGUGACGGUUCUAAUGAGGCGGAAGCCGGUGAUCGUUCAGAAAAUGUGGACAGUGUUGGUCAACAGAAACAAAAAAAGAUUGGAAAUAAACGUCAAAGUUCCGAGUCAAAGGAAGGAAAUCUUUUGCGUAAAAAGUCGAGAUUCUCUACUUCACGUGAUGAUGGAUUAUCAGCUAAACAAAGAAUGAGGAUAGUUAGUAAAGCUAUUGUUUCUGAUUCAAGUGAUAGUUCAAGUAGCGGUGAAGAAGAUGAACACUAAAACAUUUACAAAUAAAUAUGUAGGUAUGAUUACUAACAUCUUAGUGAUCUUUUUCUUCACAAAAUGGAAUGAUAUCUGGUUGAUAAGUUAAACAACAUUAAAACAUGAACUAUAUCCAAACAUAUAUAUAAAUAAAUUAAAGAAUUAAUGCUUGUAAAACAAGAUAGUAGUAAAAGAUUGAUUAUAUGUAUAAAGCAUUUUAAGAUAUGUUAAACACGUCUAGUUUUUGAUCUGUGUUCGUCAUGUCGUCUUGGACUACUGCUGUCCGACAAAUCUGAAGGUGAUGAGUCCAUAGAUUGUUGUUGCCUACCCGUCAAAGGAGGCGACUGAUCUUCAGAUUCGCUACCGUCAUCAUCAUCAGAUUAUAAAAUUUUACGGGUCAACGCUGUAGCACGUGCUUGAUGUUCUUGUUCAUCACUUGAUGUUAGUAAUCACAUCUACAUAUUUAUUUGUAAAUAUAGUAUAACUCAGUGUAAUACUGAGUUCUUAAUGAUUGAAACUACUCCAUAAAAGUCGAAUUCUCAUUAUCUACAGAUUUUUUUCAAAGCAAUAACCAGUGUAGCUUGCUAAUUUUCACAGAAUAAUAUUUUGUAUAUUGAAAUUUCGUCAACCUAAUUUGUUUAUAUUCUUGUCAUUAAGUCAUGUAUACAUUGAGAGAUGGAUUGAAGAACUUCAUAUAACAGCAUCAGUAUCAGAGGAUUUGAAAUUUCCCUGUUGUCUAAUUGGUUACUUGCUUGUAUAUCUAGUUUUAUUUAUGAAUCUGCAUCUUAUUACCGAUUGACAGUGUUCGAUCCAAAGUGAGAACACUAUCACAAGUGUAAUACAGUUAUAGAGAAUAUCGCUAGAAUUCUUCUGCAAGUCAUUAAAAAAUUACAUACAGUGUCGUCUUUAUCGAAAAAUAAAAUUGAUCAAAUGAUAAAAAAUAUAUACAAA